AUGCGCUGCAAUCUCUGCAAAAACCAACCGACACCAGCUGCAGGAAACGCGCCACUCACAACCCACCCAUCAGAAAAGAUCACCAGCCCCUCAGAGCCAAGGAUCAUUCAGCAGCUGCUCUGGUAUAAUGCCACCCUGAAGCCAAUCGAUCUCUGCCGCGAAACACUCAGGCAUCACCAAGAGCUGCCCGUCAGCGUCGCCGUGCUCCUCCGUGUCGCGCGCGACGGCGGCCAUGGAUUGACGGAGGGUAUCCACCCCGCCGCUGCCGCGGCGAAGCUCUCUCCUCUCGUCCCGCGCCCUUGCGCGUUCCUGCUCCAGGAGCGCUAG